UUUUUCCCCAGACCACGAGUCUAAUCAGUGGUGCUAUGACAACUUUGUCAACUACCGUUCACUCAUGUCUGCUGACAACGUGCGGCAGCAGCUGUCCAGGAUUAUGGACCGCUUCAACCUGCCCCGCCGGAGCACAGAGUUCACCAGCAGAGAUUACUACAUCAACAUCCGCCGGGCGCUCUGCACCGGCUUCUUCAUGCAGGUGGCUCAUUUGGAGCGCACAGGUCAUUACCUCACAGUCAAAGACAACCAAGUGGUCCAACUCCACCCAUCCACAGUCCUGGACCACAAGCCCGAGUGGGUGCUCUACAAUGAAUUUGUUCUCACCACCAAAAACUACAUACGCACUUGCACAGACAUCAAGCCAGAGUGGCUGGUGAAGAUUGCACCCCAGUACUAUGAAAUGAGUAACUUCCCACAAUGUGAAGCUAAAAGACAGCUGGAGCGAAUUAUUGCCAAACUAGAGAGCAAGGAAUAUUCCCAGUACUGAACAAUAGCCAAGAAGUGUCCUGGAAAACAACUGCAUACUAUAGUUUUAGAUCUUUCUGUAUCAUUGUAUCAUCUUAAUGUUUAAAAUUUGGCAUUUUGAUUUUUAUAUUUUGAUUGCUUUCUUUGUUUGUGUUUUUUCUUUUCCCCCUCAUCAUUGUUAAUUCUGUAACUAAGUGUUAUGUCAGAUGAAAUAUCAGCAGUAAAUAUUAGUCCUGGCUAUUAAGAUUUUCAAAAGGAAUAUCAGAAACAUGUCAUUUAGAUGUGCUUGACUUUCCUUUAGUGGAUUGCGGAGUCAUAAAAAAUUGUGCUUGCUUCGUUUCUUUAAUAAAGGAGCUUUGACUUAA